CGCAAAAAAAAAAAAAAGGCCAAGACGUGGGUGUUCUCUUUUUUUUCUGCAUCUUUAACCCCACUUGUUUUCUCUUUGAUUCAACCCAUCAACUAAUGUCUUCUCCAUACGACCCAUACAUUCCCAACUCGCAAGGCGGCGCAGGUGGUGGUGGUGGUGGAGGUGGUGAAGCAGCACCGCCCAAGACGCAACGUGUUCAAGCUCAAGUGGACGAGGUUGUCAAUAUCAUGCAAGAUAAUAUUGACAAGGUGAUGCAACGUGGUGAACGACUGGACGACUUGCGUGGCAAAACAGAGGAUUUGCAAGCAACAUCGUCUCAUUUCCGACGAGGAGCAAACCAAGUUCGCAAGAGAAUGUGGUGGAAGGACUUGAAGUGGAAGAUCAUUAUUGCAGUGACCAUCCUUGUGAUUCUGGGUAUCAUUAUCGGUUCUAUCGUCGGCACUCAGACCAACAAUGGCGGAGGAAACCAGCAACCAAGCGAACCCGAACCCCAAGCUUCUCCUCAGUAAAAAAAAAAAAAGAGAGCCAACCGACCCAAAACCGAGAAAAAAGUCAUCUUGUUAAAAAAAAAAAAAAAAGAGAACCUCCUUGCUUUUUCUUCUUGCGUGAUCUGUACAUUUUCCCUAUUUCCGCGAAAGCUUCCCUCUCUUUACCUUGCUCAUAUAACUCUGCUGUAUGGAAACAAACCCUUGACCUCUUCUUACUUGUCUUACUUGCUUAUACUUAUACAUACUCACAUUUCUUAUUUAUUUCUUCUUCUUUCUUCUUACGCUGACACAUAUUAAAUACAUCCUUUGUCCUAUUGUCUG